AUGACAAACGGCCCACCAGGUGACUACUGGCACGAACACUUUUCAGCUGAUGAGUUUUAUAUACUGCCUGUGAUAAUGGCGUUUACUGUAGCUUACUCUUUUUUAUUUCUGGGAAUAGUCAUAUGCACCAUAGAACUUAAAUCAAGGCAGUUACUACACACAACGUAUAAAAUAUUUGUUUUCUCAGUGUUAAUUCAACUUUUCGGGAUAGUCGUUGUAAGCAGCUGUUAUUUAAAAUUAGCGGUAUCUGGAUUUUUGUCCACAAAAAUGAAAAGAUUUGGUUUAAUGUUAAUGGGAACAUCAGAAACAAGUUUCGUACUUCUUCUCUUGCUACUUGCGAAAGGAUACACAGUUACCAGAGGAACCCUACCACUAACAGCAAGUGUCAAAUUGACAAUAUUUAUGUGUCUCUAUUCUGUUACUUAUGUUUCAAUAUUUAUAUAUGAGGCAAAGGUAUUCGAUCCAGGAGAAGUGUUAUAUCUAUAUGAAUCACCAGCCGGAUAUGCCUUAAUAUCAUUAAGAAUUAUUGCUUGGUGUAUGUUCGUUUAUUUUACAAUAUUUACUCUAAAGCAUUAUCCAGAAAAAGUAAGUAAUUUUAAACAAGGACUAAUAUACCAUCAGAGAUUUAGGUAUUCUGAAAUAUGA